AGUGCCCGCGCCAGGCUGGGUACGGCUGGCCCCUGAGGCGAGGUGAGGGGCGGAGGCAGGAGGAAGAGGCUGGGAGGCGACCUCAGAUCGGCUGCUGCAGGCAAAGCUCUCCUCGGGCAGGACAGACGACAGGGCAGCAGCCGGCUUUAAAGUAGCGGCCUGGAAGGAAGGAAGGAAGGAACGAGGGAGGGACGGGAACCCUGGAGGAGGAGCAGCGAUCUGGGCUGCAGAGUCAGCGGCUGGAGGAGCCGCCCGCGGGAGGCCACGUUUGUUUUUGUUAUUUUCCAUUGGAAUAGUUCUCCGGGACUGAGCGGGCCGCACCCCCCGCGCCCCCGACCUUCCAGGUGACAGCCGGUCACCCUGCUAGCAGUCAGCUCCGCCCCGAGUCACCCCUUCCCGCCCACAGCCCCACUCUCCGCCCAGCCUUCCAGUGCCAGCGCUGGGCGAGCGCCGCGGCGUCCGGAGCGGGCUGCAGGAGCGGGAGCAGGAGAUCGCGGCCGGCGUGGUCCCCGACCCCGAGGACGGGCGACAGGAGGCCAGGCGGGUCCGCAGGCGCGAUCUCCAGGAAGGAGGAUGCGCGCGUGAGCCUCGGUCUCCCGCUGGUCCACUGCGCUGCAGCCGGAGCCUCCUAGCCGCGCCCGGGAAAGUGUCGCAUGGGGCAGGGCCGCUGAAGCGCGGACUUCAAGGGCUGGUGGCACUAAGGCAGGGCGCGAGGGGCCUGGGGCGACAGUUGGCAGUUUCCGCGGCGCCGGCACAGUGAGAGUUGGGGGCGCGGUGCCCUCGCUAGGCGGGAGUUAUGGAGUCGCCUAGCUGCAUUCAGGAUGAGCCGUUCCCGCACCCUCUGGAGCCCGAGCCGGGCACCCCAGCGCAGCCAGGUGCCGCCAAGCCGGGUGACAAGCGCUUCCGGCUGUGGUACGUGGGAGGGUCGUGUUUGGAUCGCAGGACCACGCUGCCCAUGUUACCCUGGCUCAUGGCCGAGAUCCGCCGGCGCAGCCAGAAGCCGGAGGCCGGUGGCUGCGGGGCGCCGGCAGCCCGCGAGGUGCUCCUGGUGCUCAGCGCGCCCUUCCUGCGCUGCGUCCCCGCGCCGGGUGCCGGGGUCGGCGGGGGCGCUGGCUCCGGGACUGUGCAGCCCAACACCGGGGUGUUCAUCUUCGAGCACAAGGCGCAGCACAUCUCGCGAUUCAUCCACAACAGCCACGACCUCACCUACUUUGCCUACCUGAUCAAGGCGCAGCCGGACGACCCCGAGUCGCAGAUGGCCUGCCACGUUUUCCGAGCCACCGACCCUAACCAGGUUCCGGAUGUGAUCAGUAGCAUCAGGCAACUAUCCAAGGCUGCCCUGAAGGAGGACUCCAAACCCAGCAAAGACAACGAGGAUGCCUUCUAUAACUCUCAGAAGUUUGAAGUGCUGUACUGUGGGAGGGUGAUCGUUACCCAUAAGAAGGCGCCCUCCAGCCUCAUUGAUGACUGCAAGGAGAAAUUCAGCCUGCAUGAGCAGCAGCGACUGAAGCUGCAGGGCGACAAAGGUGGUGACCCUGGGGACGAGCUGGGUAUCUUUGAGGCUGAGUCUCCUGUGUCCCCAGAUGACAGCCUGCCGGAGAAGGCAGAUGAUGCAGUCAACAGCCACAGUGCCCUGUCCGCCCUGGCCAGCCUCCCCACCCAGGCCAGCCAACCGGCACCCACCAGCCCUCGGGUUGGCUUCCCGGAGAGGAUUUUGGAAGAUUGUGGCUUUGAUGAGCAACAGGAGUUCCGGUCUCGGUGCAGCAGCGUCACAGGCGUCCUGCAGAAGAAGGUUCACGAGAACAGCCAGAAACCACAGCCAAGGAGGAGGCAUGCAAGCGCGCCCAGUCACGUGCAGCCCUCGGAUUCGGAGAAGAACAGGACCAUGCUUUUCCAGGUCGGCCGCUUUGAGAUUAACCUCAUCAGUCCAGAUACCAAAUCCGUUGUGCUGGAGAAGAAUUUUAAAGAUAUAUCUUCUUGUUCUCAGGGAAUAAAGCAUGUUGAUCACUUUGGCUUUAUCUGUCGGGAGUCUCCAGAGCCAGGUCUGAGCCAGUACAUCUGUUAUGUGUUCCAGUGUGCCAACCAAUCUCUGGUGGAUGAAAUCAUGUUGACUCUCAAGCAAGCUUUCAGCACGGCUGCUGCACUGCAGAGUGCCAAGACACAGAUCAAGCUGUGUGAGGCCUGCCCCAUGCACUCUUUGCAUAAGCUCUGUGAGAGGAUCGAAGGUCUCUACCCACCGCGAGCCAAGCUGGUGAUCCAGCGACACCUCUCUUCACUGACCGAUAAUGAGCAAGCUGACAUCUUUGAACGCGUUCAGAAAAUGAAGCCCAUCAGUGACCAGGAAGAGAACGAACUUGUGAUUCUCCACCUGCGGCAGCUCUGUGAAGCCAAGCAGAAGACCCAUGUUCACAUCGGGGAAGGGCCAUCGAUUAUUUCAAAUAGUACAAUCCCAGAAAAUUCGACAAGUGGUGGGCGGUUCAAGCUUGACAUUCUGAAAAACAAAGCGAAGAGAUCCUUAACUUCCUCCUUGGAAAAUAUCUUCUCUAGGGGAGCGAACAGAAUGAGAAGCCGGCUGGGAAGCGUGGACAGCUUUGAAAGGUCCAACAGCCUUGCUUCAGAAAAGGACUUCUCCCCAGGGGACUCUCCUCCGGGGACACCACCAGCCUCCCCUCUGUCCUCUGCCUGGCACUCCUUCCCCGAGGAAGAUUCUGACUCUCCACAAUUUCGAAGACGGGCUCACACCUUCAGCCACCCACCUUCAAGUUCAAGGAGGAAGCUGAACUUGCAAGAUGGGAGGGCUCAUGGCCUAAGGUCCCCUCUACUGAGACAGAGUUCCAGCGAGCAAUGCAGCAUUCUCCCGUCAACCCGACGCAUGUACAAGGAGAGUAACUCUUCCUCCAGCCUUCCAAGCCUUCACACUUCCUUCUCUGCCCCUUCCUUCACUGCCCCCUCUUUCCUGAAAAGCUUUUACCAGAAUUCAGGUAGACUGUCCCCACAGUAUGAAAAUGAAAUCAGACAGGACACUGCUUCAGAAUCAAGUGAUGGGGAAGGGAGAAAGAGGACCUCCUCCACCUGCAGCAACGAGUCCCUAAAUGCUGGGGGAACCCCUGUCACACCUCGAAGAAUCUCCUGGAGGCAGCGUAUUUUCCUCCGGGUUGCAUCUCCUGUGAACAAGUCCCCAUCAGCAAUGCAGCAAAAAGAUGGCCUGGACAGGACCGAGCUGCUCCCGUUGUCCCCUCUCACUCCCACUAUGGAGGAAGAACCUCUCGUUAUAUUCUUGUCUGGUGAUGAGGACACAGAAAAAGUUGAAGAAAAAAAGAAAUCAAAGGAACUAAAGAGUCUGUGGAAAAAAGCUAUACACCAGCAAAUUCUGUUGCUUCGGAUGGAGAAAGAAAAUCAGAAGCUGGAAGAAGCAAGAAGAGAUGAACUCCAGUCUAGAAAAGUUAAGUUAGACUAUGAAGAAGUUGGUACAUGUCAGAAGGAAGUCUUAAUAACAUGGGACAAGAAGUUGUUAAAUUGCAGAACUAAAAUCAGAUGCGACAUGGAAGACAUUCACAUGUCCCUUAAAGAAGGGGUUCCCAAAAGUCGACGAGGGGAAAUUUGGCAGUUUCUAGCAUUACAAUACCGCCUGAGGCACAGAUUACCCAACAAGCACCAGCCUCCAGACACCUCCUACAAGGAACUUCUGAAGCAGCUCACUGCUCAGCAGCACGCCAUACUUGUGGAUUUGGGGAGGACGUUUCCCACCCACCCUUACUUUUCAGUGCAGCUUGGAGCAGGGCAGCUGUCCCUCUUUAACCUGCUGAAAGCUUACUCUUUGCUGGACAAAGAGGUGGGCUACUGUCAGGGCAUCAGCUUUGUGGCCGGAGUACUGCUUCUGCAUAUGAGCGAAGAGCAAGCCUUUGAAAUGCUCAAGUUCCUUAUGUACGACCUGGGCUUCCGCAAGCAGUACCGACCGGAUAUGAUGUCGCUUCAGAUCCAGAUGUAUCAGCUGUCCAGACUCCUUCACGACUACCACCGAGAGCUCUACAAUCAUCUUGAGGAGAAUGAGAUCAGCCCCAGCCUGUACGCGGCACCCUGGUUCCUCACGCUCUUUGCCUCUCAGUUUCCCUUAGGAUUUGUAGCCAGAAUUUUUGAUAUUAUUUUUCUUCAGGGAACUGAAGUUAUAUUUAAGGUUGCUCUCAGUUUACUGAGCAGCCAGGAGGCACUGAUAAUGGAGUGUGAAAACUUUGAAAAUAUUGUGGAAUUUCUGAAAAGCACAUUGCCUGAUAUGAAUACCACUGAAAUGGAAAAAAUUAUUACCCAGGUUUUUGAGAUGGACAUUUCCAAACAGUUACAUGCCUAUGAGGUAGAAUAUCAUGUACUACAGGAUGAGCUUCUGGAAUCUUCCUAUGCCUGUGAUGAUAAUGAAUCUCUGGAGAAGCUGGAGAGAGCCAACAACCAACUGAAAAGACAGAACAUGGACCUUCUAGAAAAACUCCAGGUGGCUCAUGCUAAAAUCCAGGCCUUGGAAUCCAACCUAGAAACUCUUUUGACCAGAGAGACCAAAAUGAAGGCUUUAAUCCGGACCCUGGAACAAGAUAAGAUGGCUUAUCAAAAGACUGUGGAGCAAAUCCGGAAGCUGCUACCAGCGGAUGCGCUGGCCAACUGUGAAUUGCUGCUGAGAGACCUAGCUUACUCUACUAAUGACAAAGCCAAGACAGGAAAUAAGCCAUAGUUCUAGAUGUGGCCUCAGCAUAGAGCUAGCUACCUUACGAUACAUGGAAGGUGGCACACCUGUGCACUGCAGAUCUAAUGUCGACCAGAAAUCUGGUGGGACACCUAUUACUGGUGCUGAGAUCAUCAGUGGGUGAUGUCGCUCUCCUCAGAGCACUCUACUCCUAAGCCAUCAUAGACAUCCAGACUGGAUUUUCUUCUGGUUGUUGCCAACUGUAUACAUAAAUAUACAUAAAUGGACAUAAAGAUCAGUGCUUUCAAAUCAAACAGUAGACGUGUAUUCAGAGCAGUUUUUCUUUUCUAGUCAAAAAUUCUAGUCAAAACUUCAUGAAAUCCACACCAAAUGGAAGUUGAAGUGACAUUUCCUUUUGGACACACAUGAAAUCUUUUUGUUUUUCUAGUGAAACAAAUCUAGAACACCUUUGUGUAUUGAAAUAUACUUGAAAAAAAAUGAAUGUAUUUCCCCUCCCCCCCAGACUAGCAUGUUUCACUCAGUGUGGUAGGCAGACACAUUUCUGUAACUGUGUGUGGCUGUUCCAUGUAAGGGAUGUGUGAGUCUCUUAGGAAGGUAGGGCCUAUCUGGCCUUGCCCACUGUGUGACAACUAGUAUGUCUGAUCUUCACUUACCUUGAGUCUGGUUAGGCUUUGCUAGACACACAGGGACAAGGCAGGACCUGUGUCUGAGUCCACCCACCUCAAAGGGAAGAGGAAUGUUGCUAAUUUUCUAGCAGAUUAGACCAGCAUUGAUAUUCAAACUGGAAAUAUCAGGCCUCAAAAACACAACUAAGCUCCUAAAUUGUCUGUAGUAGCUUUUUGCCUUUUUAUUUAAGUGACUUAAACAGUGGUAAACAGUUGGUUGGUGUUGUAUCUACCAAGUGACAAGGUUUGCUUUUUUUCCUCACAAAAUUAUGGGAGCCUUCCAUGUAAUUCUUGUGACCUUCAGUUUAGGAUAGGGAAAUGAAAUUAUGAUCGAUUUUCCAAAGAUGACAUAUCAUGUUGAGUUGCUUUUUAUCUUUUGCUCAAUAAUAGAGCGUCUAUGACUCAAUUUCCCCUUUCAUGUGAAAAUUUAGAACUGUGAAAUGUUUAGGAACAAACUAUGUAAAGUACACUGGAAGGGAAGAGAAAUUUCUUGAACCCAGUUAAAACCUGUACAAUUCUGUAUUUGGACUCCUGGUUUCGCAGGUAUAGACAGCUUACUAGGGAAUGUUCAUGCAUGCUCGGUGCAUGGGUGGAAAGUAAUUUUCCUAGUACACGGUCAGUCCCUACAACAGAGAUGACUUGACAGCAGUGCCUCUGAACAUGAAGGCAAUGCUUCUGCCUUUCCAAACAGUGUUUAUUGUUGCUGCUUUUGGCAGUCCUUGUCUUUUUUUUGCAGAAGGGUUAUUUGGGGUUAAUUUUCCUCAGAGAGAGUUUAUUAUACCCAAGAUGAAAUUUUAUUAUAGAGCUCACAAGUCAAAAUGUAAAUCAGUAGAUGCCAAGCAUCUACAAACCCUUUUCGGAUGUUCCUCACUUGAAUGUCACAAGUCUUGAGAUCAGGGUGAUGUUGGAUCCAGGGGGUUUCCUCCCCAAACCACCAAGUCUUAUUAUGUAGGAGAGUUGCUAUAGCGUCUAGAUUCUCGGAAGUGCUUGUUCUAUAUUCUCUGUUAGGAUGAGGGCCAUUAGUUGAUCCGUUGCUUGGAUAUUCUGAAAAUGUAUCCAUUUGUAGCGUCUUCUAUUCUCCUACCAGGAUGAAGAAGAACACAGUCUUACUUUCUGAUGAUAGAAAUUGCCUUAUGGGUGUGAUGCCCAGGUGGUGACUGAGGAGUCUUCAUGUUGGGGAAGGAAAUAUUUUCUUUUGGUUUCUUAGUUAAAAGUACACUAUAUUCUGGAUGUUCAAAGUCAGCAAUUAAGACAAUGUGGAUACAGCAUUUUCUUGUGAAAAUGAUUUUUUCUUUCUCAUUUGUGAUUUUGAAAAAUGUUAUACCAGUUCUGCUUUGUCAUUUUACAUCUUCAUCAGGUUCAUAUAAUGUCUGUGCAUUUCCAAUAAAUAUGUUGCUGCAUUUUCCUGAA